GCUUUCUGACGCUGACUGAUUUCAAAACUUGACGGGUUUCGAGUGCCACAGGCUACACAUCAGAUAUCAGAUUAGAGGAGCUGACAGUGGGUCGUUCUCAGGUCAGAAAUGAACCCAGAGCUGGACUACGGAGGCUCCGGCAGCAGCGGCAACGGAAAGCUGCGCCAGUGGCUGAUCGAGCAGGUGGACUGCGGUAAAUAUCCAGGGCUGGUGUGGGAGAACGACGAGAAGACCAUCUUCAGGAUACCGUGGAAACACGCAGGGAAGCAGGACUACAACCGGGACGAGGAUGCCGCGCUUUUUAAGGCCUGGGCGCUGUUUAAAGGCAAGUUUCGGGAGGGGAUCGACAAGCCGGACCCACCGACCUGGAAGACGCGCCUCCGCUGCGCCCUCAACAAGAGCAACGACUUUGAGGAGCUGGUGGAGAGGAGCCAGCUGGACAUCUCUGACCCGUACAAGGUCUACCGCAUCAUCCCCGAGGGCGCAAAGAAAAGACCCAGACAGGAGGACAGUCCUCUGAGUCCAGUGGGCUACCAGAUGCAUCCCUCCUACCCCACCGUGACUCAGAUGCCUCAGUACAUGCCCAGUCCAGAUUGCAGCUGGAGAGAUUACUGUCAGGAACAGGCCUCUCUGCCUGAGCUGCCUUUCUCUCAGUGUCCCUGUCCCCCCCGCGGCCUGCCCUGGCAGGGCCCCGCCAUGGAAAAUGGAUACCAGCUCAGAGCCUCAAUCUACUCGUAUGGUCCUGCUGACAGCCAGCCUUCGCCUUUCUCACUGGACGCCGGCAUCAGAUCUGCAGAGGCACUCUCAGACUUCCGUCUGCAUGUGUCUGUGUAUUUGCGGGACACUCUGGUGAGGGAAGUGACCACAUCCAGUCCAGAGGGCUGCCACAUCACUCCAUGCUCCCCAGAGAAGCACUUCCUGACGCCUGGAGGUCCUGAGGUGGUGCCACUGCCCGUGGACAGCCUUCCAGCCCAUAGGAGGGCAGAUGAGUGUCCACCAAGCCCGCCAACCACCCUGGAGAGGGGGGUGCUACUGUGGAUGGGCGCUGAUGGACUCUACGCACGGAGGCUGUGUCAGAGCAGAGUGUACUGGCAGGGAGGCCUGUCGCCAUACGGAGACAAACCCAACAAGCUGGAGAGAGAGGUCACCUGCAAACUGCUCCACACACAGGAUUACCUCACAGAGAUCCAGAGUUACGGGCUCCAUGGUCGGCCGCUGUCUCGUUUCCAGGUCCUGCUGAGUUUUGAAGAGUGUCUGGACCCGCAGAGACAAAGACGGAUCCUCACUGUCCAGGUGGAGCCUCUGUUUGCCAGGCAGCUCCUGUACUACGCCCAGCAGACUGGAGGUCACUACUACCGCAGCUACGAGCACCCGGGAGUCACAGAGCACAUAAACGCCUCUGAGGACUACCAGAGGGCCAUCACACACCACCACAGCAGCAGCCUGCAGGAGUGACCUGUGUGUUCAAGUGACUGUUGAAAACUUCAAAAUGCAGCAAUGGCAUAUUACCCAACAGGCAAGGAAACCAUGAGUCAAGAGGACAAACUUUGACAAUAUCAUACAUAAAAUGAUGGACAUUUAGUUAGCCACUGUUUGCCCUGUAUGGUUUUCUGUGUAUUUGUCUCUGUAUGUAUGUAUGGCUGAAAGCAGAGUUGCAAGGCACAAUGAAUAUUUUCUAUACUUACUAUGCAGAUGUAACUGACAGCUGAGGUGAUUGUACUGUAGAAAACUGUGACGUGAAUUUUAGUGCCUUAAUUAAAUAGUCCCACAUUUUUGGGAAAUGCACUUACUUACUUUUUCGCUGAGAGUUAGAGAAGAGGAUCGAUACCACUCUCAUGCCAAUCCAUUACAUGUAAGGCUGCAACCAGGAGCUGGUUAGCUUACCUUAGCUUAGCAUAUAAAUUGAAUCCCCUUGCAAAUCAGCAAAUUUCCAUUUUUAAAUGUGCUUAAUCUGUUCAAAAGACGUAUAAGAUAUGAAUAUUUUAAAUAUUGAGACACUUGGAAGCAAAUUUGUGAUCUUUGGGUGGAGCCAGGCUAGCUGUUUACGGUCUUUGUGCUAAGCUAAGCUAACAAGCUGCUGGCUCCAGCUUUAUAUUUACUGCACAAACAUGCACGUGGCAUCAUUCCUCUCAUCUAUCUGCAAGAAAGUGAAUAAGUAUAUUUCUUAAAAUGUUCAACCUCUCCUUCAAGUCGAUUUUUAAAGAUGUUUUUUCCUUGUACAUAAUUUUCUUUUGCUAGGAGACACUAUGACCACCAUUUAGUAAAUUAAGAAUGAAAUCGUGUGCCUGGCUGUGUUUGUAUGAGAAACUCAGGAAGAUGAUUUUCAGAUAAGCUUUUUCCAACUCUAUUUUGUAUUAAACAGAUGACUUACAUUGUAUAUUUUCCAUUUAAAUGUCAUACAUGGCAUCUGAGAAAGAGCUGAAGUGAAUGUUUUGAGCUUUUUUGUACUGAAAGAUAAUUUCUGUUAUUAAAGACAGCCCAAUAAACUGUAAGCAGUGACAGGCUCUGUUCAUAA